CUGCGCGGGCGGAAGGUUCGUGGCCGGCCGGCGCAGAAGAACCAGUACGUAGAGCCGGGCCACGGCCGGUGACUUGGUGACCAAGCGGCGGCGCUGCUGUUGCGGGGCUCGCGCGCACGGCCCGGCGGGACCUAGGACGGCGGGGCAGCAGGGCGCGGGCGCCGCGGGCCGGGGCGCGCCAGAUGAUGGAUUUGGAUGUGCUUCUAUGAAGAAAUGCCACGUGUCACAACUGGUCCAAGAACAAACAUGUCCAGACUACUGCCACCUUAGGGGACUAGGGGUUGUUGACAGCACUUCCCGGGGAAUCAGGCGUGUUCUGACCCAGGAACAGCAAGCACGUCAUCACCAAUGACAUCAUGACAGCAAGAGAGCACAGCCCUCGCCAUGGCGCCAGGGCCCGUGCGAUGCAGCGGGCUUCCACCAUUGACGUGGCAGCCGACAUGUUGGGCCUCUCUCUGGCAGGAAAUAUACAAGAUCCAGAUGAGCCCAUUUUAGAAUUCAGCUUAGCUUGCAGUGAGUUGCACACUCCAUCGCUAGAUCGAAAACCAAAUAGUUUUGUAGCUGUGAGUGUCACCACCCCUCCUCAGGCAUUCUGGACGAAACACGCACAGACGGAGAUUAUUGAGGGAACCAACAAUCCAAUAUUUCUAAGCAGUAUUGCCUUCUUCCAAGACUCUCUUAUCAAUCAGAUGACCCAAAUCAAACUCUCCGUGUAUGAUGUCAAAGAUCGAUCUCAGGGAACAAUGUAUUUACUGGGCUCUGGAACAUUCAUUGUCAAAGAUCUGCUCCAGGACAGACAUCAUAGGUUGCAUUUAACACUAAGAUCUGCAGAGAGUGACCGCGUGGGUAACAUCACUGUGAUCGGCUGGCAGAUGGAGGAGAAGUCGGACCAGCGGCCCCCUGUGACCCGGUCUGUGGACACCGUCAAUGGGCGGAUGGUUCUCCCGGUUGAUGAGAGCUUGACAGAGGCACUGGGAAUCCGAUCCAAGUAUGCUUCGUUGCGAAAAGACACUUUACUGAAAUCGGUGUUUGGCGGUGCCAUCUGCCGCAUGUACCGGUUCCCCACCACGGACGGCAACCACCUGCGGAUCCUGGAGCAGAUGGCAGAGAGCGUGCUGUCCUUGCACGUGCCCCGGCAGUUUGUGAAGCUCCUACUGGAAGAAGAUGCGGCCAGAGUGUGUGAGCUGGAGGAGUUGGGGGAUCUGUCCCCUUGUUGGGAGAGCCUCCGGCGCCAGAUUGUCACUCAGUACCAGACCAUCAUCCUCACAUACCAGGAGAACCUGACUGACCUCCAUCAGUACAAAGGUCCCUCGUUUAAAGCGAGCAGUUUGAAAGCAGAUAAAAAGUUAGAAUUUGUUCCCACAAACUUGCACAUACAGAGGAUGAGAGUUCAAGACGAUGGGGGGUCAGAUCAGAACUAUGAUAUCGUCACCAUUGGAGCGCCAGCAGCACACUGCCAAGGUUUUAAGUCAGGAGGUCUCCGCAAAAAGCUGCACAAAUUCGAAGAGACCAAGAAGCACAGUUUUGAGGAGUGUUGUACACCUUCCAGCUGCCAGUCCAUAAUCUAUAUACCACAGGACAUCAUCAGAGCCAAGGAGAUCAUUGCUCAGAUCAAUACCCUGAAAACCCAAGUGAGUUACUAUGCAGAGCGGCUCUCAAGGGCAGCUAAGGACAGGUCUGCCACUGGCCUCGAAAGAACCCUCGCCAUCCUGGCAGACAAGACCCGGCAACUGGUUACUGUGUGCGACUGCAAGCUGCUGGCCAACUCCAUCCACGGGCUGAACGCAGCACGGCCCGACUACAUUGCCUCCAAGGCCUCCCCCACAUCGAGUGAGGAGGAGCAGGUGAUGCUUAGGAAUGACCAGGACACCCUCAUGGCCAGGUGGACAGGGAGGAACAGCCGGUCUUCUCUGCAGGUGGACUGGCACGAGGAGGAGUGGGAGAAAGUGUGGCUGAAUGUGGACAAGAGCCUGGAGUGCAUCAUUCAGCGGGUGGACAAGCUGCUGCAGAAGGAGCGCCUGCAUGGCGAGGGCUGUGAGGAUGUCUUCCCUUGCGCGGGCAGCUGUACCAGCAAGAAAGGUAACCGGGACAGCCACGCCUACUGGAUCAAACCGGAAGACCCCUUCUGCGAUGUCCCCUCCUCGCCAUGCCCCUCUGCCAUCUGCUCGAUGCCAUCCUCACCUGCAUGCCAUCCUCACCCGACCACACAUUGCAGCCCCCCUCCUGACGAGUCCAGCCCAGGAGAAUGGAGCGAGGCCCUUUACCCCCUGCUGACCACCCUCACAGACUGCGUGGCCAUGAUGAGCGACAAGGCCAAGAAGGCGAUGGUGUUCCUGCUUAUGCAGGAUAGCGCCCCCACCAUAGCCACGUACCUGAGUCUGCAGUACCGCCGCGAUGUGGUCUUCUGCCAGACGCUGACUGCUCUCAUCUGCGGCUUCAUCAUCAAGCUGAGGAACUGCCUGCAUGACGACGGCUUCCUGCGGCAGCUCUACACCAUUGGGCUGCUGGCCCAGUUCGAGAGCCUGCUUAGCACCUAUGGUGAGGAGCUGGCCAUGCUGGAGGACAUGAGCCUUGGAAUCAUGGACCUGAGGAACGUGACCUUCAAAGUCACUCAGGCCACUUCUAAUGCAUCAACUGACAUGCUGCCUGUCAUCACGGGAAAUCGGGAUGGCUUUAACGUGCGGAUCCCUCUGCCGGGCCCGCUGUUCGACGCCCUGCCUCGGGAGAUCCAGAGCGGCAUGCUGCUGCGGGUGCAACCCGUCCUCUUCAAUGUGGGGAUCAACGAGCAGCAGACGCUGGCCGAGAGGUUUGGAGAUACGUCUUUACAAGAAGUUAUCAAUGUGGAAAGUUUGGUGCGGUUAAACUCCUACUUUGAGCAGUUUAAGGAAGUUUUGCCUGAGGAUUGCCUACCUCGAUCUCGGAGCCAGACAUGCCUGCCAGAGCUGCUGCGUUUUCUGGGCCAGAACGUACAUGCCAGGAAGAAUAAGAACGUCGACAUUCUCUGGCAAGCUGCUGAGGUCUGCCGCCGCCUUAACGGGGUCCGGUUCACCAGCUGCAAGAGCGCCAAGGACCGCACGGCCAUGUCAGUGACGCUGGAGCAGUGCCUGAUCCUGCAGCACGAGCACGGCAUGGCCCCACAGGUGUUCACCCAGGCCCUGGAGUGCAUGCGCAGCAGGCGUGUUUGCAGAAUGAAACCCGGGACUAAAAACUGUCUACUGUUGAUCGAUGCCUUGUUUCAAGCGCUGCUGGGGAGCACCUUACCUCACAUACCAAAAGAAAGGAUAAGAAACCUGGUUUUCCCGUCUCCUUCAAUGUAGCCACCAAUGCUGUCAAAGUCUCGUUUCCAACGGUCACUCCUACUGAAUGUUCUGUAUCAUUUGUCCUCUCACCAAAUUCUUUAAAGCGUUUGAUUCUCUUAUCCUUUCUGUAUGUUUCUGCCGUUUGACCUUCUCACAAUGACCCACAAAAGUGAUGCCUGAGCUCCUGCCUCUUGAUAAUAGCAUUUUGUAGGAAUGGAAGUAUGUUGUCCCUGUUUGUCUUUUCCACAUUCAUCCAAACCCCUAUCUGUGACCCCGGGGCUUUGAUUCAUGCACGGAUGGAAAGUUCACCACCUUCCCUGGGCUGGGCCUCAGGGAGGCAAUGGAGACUCUCUAGACACCUGCCCAGGCAUCCUUAGUCAACCUGUCCUCACAGCCUGUACUUCAGGCUCAGUGUCCCUGAUGCCAUGAGGGAGGCAGGGCCUGGGCUUCCAGGCAUGCACGUCUGUACCCUGUGAGUGAGCUGCGAGGUGCUACGAGGGGCCACCUUGGUGAGAUGCAGGCCUCCGUUAGAGAAGAAGCACAAAAAGUAGAAGGAAACGGAGAUACCUGUGGUUGUUGGAGCAAAGAUUAGGAUAAGGUAUGCUCCGACCAGGCCCUGAGUCAGGUGUACAGUCCAUGUGUAGACAGCUGUCCAGUCCCGGCUUCUGGAACAAAUGUGAUUGAGAAAAACAAUUCAUUCUGCCUGCAUCUGAGCACAGAGGUCUCAGGAGGCCUGGGAGAACAAGGCUCCUUAGAAAGACACCGGGGCAGCCACAUCUACCAGCCUGUGGCCUGUCUCAGGGCUGUGUGGGCAGUACCCACACAUGCACAGAUUGGCUGCUGUGGCUUUCAGCACACUCCACACGUGCUCACCUAAGAAACUGAUACUCCUUAUAGCAAAAUUUUAAAAUAUGAAUAAGCCCCUAUACCAGUUUUUCUCAUACCCCCCCCCAGAAUCCUCCGUCUUCCUUCUGUUGACAAGCAGCCGUGCUCGUGUUGACGCCUCCUCUUUCAGCUGUGGAUGCGUACAUACAAGCACAUGGGCGGGAGUGCAGUUAACACACAUGCCAGAUCGCCAGGCCCCGAAUCACAGCACACCCGUGCGUGAACAGACGCAGCUCUGGGUGCAGUUAUGCCUGUUGUUUGAGCCUACUUUUUUCAGUUAGCUUUCUUGGGAGCAUUUUUUCAGGUUAAUAAGUGGAGACCUUACGAUUUUGAGCACACCGUAGUGUUUCGGUUUGCUGCCAUUGACCGUCUAAGCUGAAGGUGGUUUCCUCCACCUCAGACAGGGGGUGGGGUGUCCUUGUGUAUGCUCCUGGCCUUUAUAGAUUUCUAAUACAAAUCAUCACACUCUCACCCCCUGUCCCAAGUGCCUGCUUGUGCACCCUCCGGGUGCUGUCGUGCCUGUCACUCGUCAGUGCGCUUCCAAGUCUGUAAAGUCAGUGUUGCUUUCCUGGGUCACAGGUGAGGACCCCGCAGUCUUGCCUAGGGCACGACCUUCCUCCCUGGGCCUCCCUCGGCCUCUCUAAACCUCCCCCCUCCAUCUCCAUUUAAUGGAAGUCUUUUUAAAGUGUUCCUGUUUGUUUUUCUGGUUUUUCUGAAAUUUCUGCAAUAAACAUAUAAUCUUACUUAACUAAUCAUGUUGGAUAUUAUGACACAAGAACAAGCUCGAUCACAGCCCCCCUGCACCCGCUCCCGGAACCCAGUAGUUCCAGCAGCCGGGGCUCUGUGCUCACUGCCGCCUUUCGGCCUGACCGCGUUGCAGUUCAGACCGUCACGCGUGUGGGUUGUUUUAAGGUGAUUUUCUGAACUCUUCCCUGUGGGGGGAAGACAUGCAUUUGUCCAUAGACAGCAAGCCUGAGGUGGCUGGGUCACUAGCCAGUAUUUCUGGCUGUAGCGUGGCCAGGACCUGUGGCUCAGCUGGGAGCCCUAAGGAGGCAGCAGAAAAUACUGGGCCAUGCCUUGAGUGGAAGAAUGCAUUUUGGUUCUCUUGCUUUCUCGCUUGCAUCUUACCAGAUGGAAGAGUAGAGCAUGCAGGCAAGGGUGCAGGGGGGAGAGAGGGGGUGGGGUAAGGGGGCAAAGCUGACACUCUGGCCUUGUUUCUCCCGGAGGCCCAGGAUGAGCAGUGGCCAGGGCUGUGCCAGGAAAUGCUUAACAACCAGCUCCCCGCCUCCACCACAGCCAAAAACAGCCCUAAUCUAUAGUGUUCGCAUAAAUACUCCCACCGGGGCUUAUUUCCAGCUACCGGUGUGAUGUCACAGAACAUGGAGCUGGGGAAGGACGCAUACACCCAGCUCCUGCCAGCCAUCACAGCCAAUGCCCGCUCACUGCUCGUGCUGCCUCUCUGUCCCCUACCCAGGGCCUGAAACGCUCACAGAGUGGGUCUUCCCAAGUAGCCACCGUGACACCACCUCUGUCCCCCGAGACUGCCCUGGCUGGGAAAGUGUCCCCAGUCUGAACGGCACAUCAUGCAGGGCCAUUCCAGGGCUUCCGAGCUCCUCUGGGAAAGCACAGGAGAAGUCUGCUUGAGCAAGGACCUCAAGCCACUUCUCUCUGGGUGGACCCUCAGAGGACACAUGCGGCAUCCUGGCAUCCCUGCUGCGUCUGUGGCAGUGUCACCACUUUGGUGGACGUUCGUAGAGGCUAUGGCUCCAGAGUAUAUAUUUUAUAUAUAUGUAUAUAUGUAUACAUAUAUUGCACCUCGGUGUAUAUUUUUCUGGGGCACCAAAAGGGGGAAAACACCCAGAUUUCUGAUGUGAGCUUGGUUGGCUUCCGUGGUUGGAGGUCAGCCUGUAGAACAGUGACUUGAACUUUCGGGGACACGGGCGGCUCGUGCUCAGCCACUGCUCAGCCUAACCGCCAGAGCGGGCCUGGGGAGAGCUCAGACUGGUAUUUGAGGUAAAUCGUCGUUGUUUGAAUGGUUCAUCAAGAGGCAGCUUUGGCAAAGUUGGUCACACCCCUCCCCUCUCCACCCCUGCUCAGGCAUCUGUGAGAAGGUCAAACCACCCCCUCCCAAUGGUUCUUCAUGUUCAGCUUGCUUCUUGAAAUUCAUGUCUUGGCAGCAUGUGAGAGCAUGGCAGGGCAGCAUGGAGUUGUGCUUGGCCAGCCGAGAGAGCGCGAACAUGGAAAACCAUUUAGUCAACCUACAUGUGUUUGUUUUCGGUAGACGACAGUAUUUUUUCUUAUUUUCACUUCUCUUUCUCUCCUUUCUUCUUGUGACUGUGCUGGUUUUGUUUUGGUACCCCUUCCACACCCUUUUCUGCACAUCAUCUUUUCUUUCUCUUGUGACUCCAUCCCAUUUUUUUUGUUUAACUCUUACUGUUUGGUUUUCCUCUUUUUUCCAUACUUUUGAUACAAUUCAUUGCAUGUGUCCUCCCCCCCCUUUAUUUCCUUUGCCUUUUUCUUUUCCUUUCUCCCAAACUUUUUCCU